GUUUUUUAUGGGAUGAGCGAAGGUGUGCUGGAACAAGUAAACUGCACCUUGUGCUGGAAGACAUAUUUUUAUCUCAAAGUGAAUACGACACCUUAUAACUAAUUUCACUUCGGCAACGUUGUAUGUUAAAUAUCGUCAAACUGCUCAUCCCUAACACGGAACCGCUCUUUUUUGUAUCGGCGUCGCACUUAUUUUCUUUUGCGUAUGUAAAUAUUUCGACAAAAAACCAACAAAUGGGUCCAAAGGAAAAGCCAAAGACAAAAUGCAAGCAGGUAGAAAAGCAGCCAGUAACCUUUCAGAAAUUUAGUCAGCUAAUAGAGAACUUGCCGGAUAUCGCAUUCGAAGUUCAGCGCGACCGAGCUGCGAAUGGUGAUGCAGACGGAGCCAGAAAAACGCUGGACGAGUGUGCCAGCUGGUAUUACCAUGCCUUCUACAAGGACGCCAGUGUUCGCGAGCGCUAUGAGUUCAAGCUGCGCGCGUGUCCCCAGAAAAUCAGGAAUAUAUUGCUCUCUAUGCCGGAAGCAGAGGCGGAUGAAUCGACCCAAGAGUUUGAGCAUGAAACGGCUGAUGGUGUAAUGGUCGAAGUGGAGAAAGUGGGAGAGAUUGAGCAUGAAACGGCUGAUGGUGUAAGUGUCGAAGUGGAGAAAGACUUCGUCUUUCCCGUGCACUUCCACACCUUUCAAAAGUACGUGGACAUGGAGAAGAUAAAAAUGCUAAUGGAACACGAGUCAACAAGCCCGUCAACAGAACAACAUCAGUUGAUGGAAUUCUACAAAUCCUUCUACAUGUUUCCCGAAAAGCGAAAGACCACCAAUAUAUUCCAUGGGUCAAUUACAACUUUUAUGCCGAAGUUGUUGGCAGCUGGUCAUCGAAUUGUUGAAUCGGCAGCCAGGAGUUUGGCAGAGCAUAACAAAGAGACUAACACAGUCGAAGAACCCGCUAUGCAUCAGGAUCCUGAAACAAGGAACGCUUCAACUUGUUGUACCCCUGACAGCGACUUUUCGAUAGUGAGCUUUGAAGAAUUCCAGAAAUAUGUAUUGAACCUCUACGAUAUUGUGUGGAAACUGAAGCUCAACGACCCCCAGUAUGUGUACAUGGGCUUUGAGGAAUGCGCUCAUGCCUUUUACUUGGCGUUUUAUCUAAGUCCGGAGAUUCGUGAGCGAUGCAAGUACACCCUGAAACCGUGUACGUCGGCCAUGAGCGCUCGCCUGCUUGCAAUACCGACGCCCGAGCAAGCCGACAAGCUGAGGCAAAAUUUGCCAGAGUUGAUUAAACCGUCGCCAGAUCUUGAGCGACCCAAAAGCCCCGAAUUGGUCGAAGAAACGGUUGUUGCACCUGUCAGCUUUCAGUUCUUCAAAAAGUACAUCAAGAAUCUGGAGGAAAUCAGCGAGCAAAUGCGGAGCGAAGACGGUUUUAAGAAUUUAUCAAACAAGAACUGUGCCAGGGAGUACUUCAGGCUGUUCUACAGCACGCCCGAAAUACGUGAACGGUUCCAGUUCAAUCUAAAGCCGUGUCCCGCAGCGGUGCGCGAAAAACUACUGAGUCUACCGACCAGCUCAUUUAUUGCCGACAGUGUGGAACGAGCCGCUCCGAAUGAGGCAGACCCGGCAGUGGAAAAGCCAACGCAAAAUUUUCCAGAGUUGAUUAGUCCGUCGCCAGAUCUGGAGAGACCCGAAUCGGUCGAAGAAACGGUUGUUGCACCUGUCAGCUUUCAGUUCUUCAAAAAGUACAUCAAGAAUCUGGAGGAAAUAAGUGAAAAAAUGAGGAACGAAGACGAGUUUAAGACUUUAUCUAAAGAGAACUGUGCCAGGGAAUACUACAGGCUGUUCUACAGAUCGCCCGAAAUACGUGAGCGGUUCCAGUUCAAACUGAAACCAUGCCCCGGAGCGGUACGGGAAAAUCUGUUGAGUCUACCGUCCAGCUCAAUUAUAGCCGACAGCGGGGAGACACCUAUGGAAGAACCAAAAGCAACCAAUAGCUCAAAAAUCAGCCAACCACAUCCCAACGACCGAUCGAGCCUACCGUUUACCAAACGAGCCGCAGAACCCCCUUCAGAGAACGCCACACUCGAAUACCCCGUAACCCUGCAAUGCUUUUCAUUGAACAUCAAUUACGCUGACAUGAUUUGCCAGCUCAGGAAAACAGAAGAAGAGAAUAAAGAGAAAGAUGCGACGAUUCUUAGUGAUUAUCAGUUGAUGGAACGCUUCUACAAAGAAUUUUACACAGAUGAGGGAAUUCGGAAGAAAUAUAACUACAAUUUUAACAAAGCGACACCCGCGUUGCAGCUGAGGCUUCUUAGGUUUGCCAAGCGGGUUGUCCCAUCAACAACAAAAGGAGCUUCGAGUGGAGUUUCAAUCUCAGCCAUACAGAGUCGAACCGCUCCUAAUGAGGCAGACCCGCAAAUUUCAAGCGAGCCGGUUGUGGUCACCGUCUGUGACAAAUCCUAUGAAUUUCCGGUCACGCUGAGGACUUUCCUAAAGUACAUCAACUAUAAGGAUAUAGUGGGGAAGUUGUGUAACAAAAGCAACUGUACCGACAAGCAAUUCAUAGGCCGCUACUACCGCUCCUUCUACCUGGAUCAGAAAGUUAGGAAUGCCUUCGCAUAUAAAUUCAGUGAGAGGACCCCUCCUAAGUUACUGGAAAAGCUAAAUGCAUUUGCGAUUCCCUUUAAAGGAGAUAAAAACACUGACAAAAUUUCCCUUACAGGGUCCUCGAUUGAAGUUGCAAUCUCAGCCAAACAGAGUCGAACCGCUCCGAAUGAGGCAGACCCGCAAAUUCCAAGCGAGCCGAUUGUGGUCACCGUCUGUGACAAAUCCUAUGAAUUUCCGGUCACGCUGAGGACUUUCCUAAAGUACAUCAACUAUAAGGAUAUAGUCGGGAAGUUGUGUAACAAAAGCAACUGUACCGACAAGCAAUUCAUAGGCCGCUACUACCGCUCCUUCUACCUGGAUCAGAAAGUUAGGAAUGCCUUCGCAUAUAAAUUCAGUGAGAGGACCCCUCCUAAGUUACUGGAAAAGCUAAAUGCAUUUGCGAUUCCGUUUAAAGGAGAUAAAAACACUGACAACAUUUCCCUUACACGGAAAGAGGCUGAAAAGUGUGUGGAACCCGAGGUGCAGUUGAGGAACAAUGAAAACAUACCGCCUCAGAAUACAAUAUCCGGACAGUCGACUGCUUUGAGCUCCGCGAACGAUAACAAAUCCGCUUACAUGUUGAAAGGCUUCAGGUAUCCCGUUACCUUUGAGGUAUUCAGGCGCCAUAUAAACUACGAUGAAAUUAUCGAGUCCGCGCUGAGACAAACUAUCAAAGAUGAGUCGGUGCUGCCGAGGCUGAUAGCCAACCCGCAAGAUCCCCUCUGCAUAAAGGCUUUCGAUGAGUUCUAUCGCCGGUUCUACAUAUUUCCCCAUAUUCGGAAAAGCCUCAGCUACCGUUUCGACUGUGGUGGGGACCCAUCUCUGAUGGAAAAGCUAUGCGGACAUGCAGAAACCUUGAAUGAGAAUGCCAAGAGAUGGGUAGAAAGUGCCAAGCCACCACCCGCAGAGGAAAACCUGAUAACUCCGAAUGGUAUUAAGUACAGGUAUCCUGUGUCGUUUAAUACCUUCUGUAGAAGCAUCAAUGUCGAUGAGCUAAAGGUUCAGCUGGCCAACCACUUUAGCAAGAACAAGAAACUGAAGGACAACAACUGCUGUAUGCGACAGCUUCGACAUUACUAUAACUCCUUUUACACAUCCAGGAGAAUCCGUGAAAUGUUCAAAUAUAAUUUCGAUUCAGCAACGCCAGAGCUUCGUGCCAAGUGUCUGCAGUUUGCUGUACCCAUAACGCAGGCGAGAGAAGUUCCGCCAGAGCCACAGCCAGAGCCACAGUCAGAGAUAGUGCCACAGUCAGAGAUAGAGCCACACGCAGAGGUAGACCCACAGGUAGAGGUAGAGCCACAGUCGGAGAAGGAGCCACAGCCAGAGAUAGAGACACAACCAGAGAUAGAGCAACAGCCAGAGAUAGAGCCACAGUCAGAAAUGGAGCCACAGCCAGAGCUAGAUCCAAGCUCUCGCUUUGCCAGUCGUUGCGUUGAGAGCAGUGUAUCUGUCCUGCGCCAGAACACUCCAGAUAUCGUAAGAUGUCAUGCAGCCAGGCAAGCUGUGCUUGACGUGAAACAAAAGUUGAAUGUAGUUCAUUACGUGCCACACAAUCUGAAAGCGUACAUAUCUCGUCAUGUGUCAUGUCUUAAGAGACGAGCUGUCCUGGAGAAGAACAUCAUCGAAACGGUCAGGGACUUGAAUAAGGCGGCGGCUAUCAGUGAUCCAGACUCGGGUAUGGAUACAGCCACAAAGCAAAUCAGUGGAGAAAAGAACACCGAAGGUUCAGCAGUGACUGCAGCAAUCGAGGUAGAAACUGAAAAAGUACCUGGAAAAUGUCCAGCACCCUCGAUUGAAGUUGAAGUUGCAACUGCAGAGAAACCAAACACUGUGACUAUAGUAGAACAAAUAGUAUGGACCAGCAAGGUACCCGAGAGUACAACCUCUACUGCUGAGCGAGUGGCUGAAGAACCCUGUGUCACUGAUAAUCUAGGGACCAUCACAUCUGUACCAGCACCCAAAGAAGUGCAGACAAAAACAACAUCUGAGGUAGCACCAAGUAGCACAGCAGAAACAGUCAAUCCUGAGGCAUCUGCAGUUAAUACAAGUAACCAGUUUCUUCUCAAACAAAUUAUGGGAGUCUUUGAAGCGCCACGCGAACAGGAGCAAAAUAUACUCUACUUCAUCCAUCAGAGCCAUGGGCUAAAGAGAACGAUUUGGCGCAUACUCUCCCAGCUGAGUCUAGAGGAAUUCUGCACUUAUACAAGCUUCCACAGCGUCGAGGCACUCUAUGACAACGAGAGCAGGCUGCAGCGAUGUCAUCAGCAGGUUGUGGCGAAUGGCCAUUGGCCACUCCAUUUACACGUGAAGCUGGACCUGUUGCGCUGCCUGUUGCACAGCAAGGGAGUGGAAAUGCCUUCGCUGGAGUUGGAUCAGCUUUCGCCAAAGAUCUUGCACUGGAAAGAUCUAAUGCUGCACACGGACUUCGAUGAAAUUGUUGAGCAACACUACGAGGAUCGUACCGGUUGCCGGAUCGAGGACAUGGAAUUGUUGUUCGAGGAACGUAAGAAGCUGUAUACGAGCUGCUGGACGCACGAUCAAUGGAUACGCCAAGUGCCCCAGAUCAGCCAAUCUACGGAGAUAUUAGAUAGCACCACACCCACACCCGCACCAUGUGUGCACACCGAAUUCAACGAUCAAUCUACUAGCUUUGUGGAUAUGGACGAAGUGGCUCCGGCCUCACAGUUGUCAGACACCUAUACUGAUCCGCUUAUGGAGAGCCAGCAGGUCAAGCAGGAGAAAAUCAAGUUUCUUGACAAGAUGCGCGGCAGCUGCCUCAACAGCCAGGAGGUCCAGUGGGAGAGAAUCGAUUUGGACGAUCAAAUUAUACGCUUAGAUGACAGUCAGGAGUCUCUUUCGAACCUUGCCUGCUUUGCCAUUCCCAAAGCGACAGUAGUUCCGCCAUUGAAUGCAGAGAAACCGCCACAGUUUCCAGAAAGUGAAAACACUUAUCUGUCCACGGAAUUGGCAGUACCAGAGACUCAGCUUGCAAUUGUACAGACGGAGGAGGAAGAGGAGGUAGAGGAGACUGAACCCGAAGUUAUCGUGAGCGACGCAGAAGUGGAAGUUAAGCAUGAGCCUGAGCCUGAGCGUGUGCCUGAGCCUGUGCCUGAGCCUUUGCCUGAACCUGUGCCUGAACCUGUGUCUGUGCCUCAGCAGAAUGUGAGGCAAAAGGAUGCGCCGGCGCUGCCUCCCAGUGAGCUCAAAAGACGCAAACAUGAAAUGCAUGGGUCGAACCUAGUGGCCUUCAAGAAGCCGCGUGUGAUGCCCGAGAAGGUGCCGCAACUGCGGCACGAGUUCCGGGCUCUACCAAUGAACGCUGUGGUUCGCAUCGAAUCGGUCGACUUUAAUCGCAGCAUAGAGGUUGAGCAGCCGACCACAUCCAUGCAAACCAUUCCUUGCCAGGAAAAGGAGCCAACAGUCACAGCUUCACAGGAUUUUGCCACGGAUAACACUCUUCUAGCAUCCUCCCAGCUCGACGCCCUAUUGAAUGCUCCAAACGUUACGCUGCGCAAGGUAAAUGAAAUUGUGACAUGUACUGACAAGAAUAUUGGCAAGGGGCCACCGACCGUGAUGCAGAGCUGUGUUAUCUUUCGCGAAGUCGAGCACUAUCGAUUCUUCAGUGCACUGACAACCGAACACAUAACAAAGCACAUGAUCGAAGGCUGUGUCUUGGGCAGUGCCUACCACGAUGCGUUGAUCAAGAUGAAUGGCAAGUUGUGCAAAGUGCGCGGCCCCCUGAUCGAAACCCUUUUUCCGCAUAUGUCGAUCCGACUUCGAUCGGAUUUGAGGGAUAUCCUCGAUGAUUUGGGUGAAUUCACCUUCAAUUGCCGCAGGAACAUGUGCAAAGAUUCCACGCAGGACCUGCGUGUUCGCGUGCUUUCCAUGUUUAUGGACGUGGCCCCCACGUUUGUGCACUUCCGCGCAGUGUUCGACAAUGCGACCGGGGAGUGGGCCACGUGCAGCUCGAUUGAUAGGGGUGACCCGGAUAUCGUUCGGCGGCCGCCCAGAUGCAAUGUAGGAGCAGUGCUGAAGCCGGGCAUACUCGAGCGUAUGAAGGAGUUAAAGGGGACACUUCGUUGAUUUACUGUUUUUUUCAAUAAAAAAUGUUAUCCCUUACGGCCUAAAACCUAA